CAUCCUUCCACCACGAAAUGAACAAAGCGUGCUGGACAUGUCGCAGCCGGACUAUCCAAUGUGACCAGUCCCGAUCGCCCUGCGCCAAGUGCGAGAAAGCCGGCCUGGAAUGCUUCGACAAGCGGCCACUCCGAUGGGUCAAAGGCGUGGCGAUCCGGGGGAAGAUGCGGGGGCGUUUGUAUGAAGAUUCCAACGCUGACAGUAUAUCGAAAUCGCAAACGCAGUUAGAACGGACGCAGAAGCGGAUUGUGGCUUCUGGAGUAAAAUGUUUAGCAGUGGAGAAUGAGAUGCCUGUUUUCGCAUUACAGGACCCGCGUAUCUCCAACCUAGACCGGGCGUCGCGGUAUUACAUGGAUUAUUAUAACUCCCGCAUCUGCAAACUGUUCAUUCUCUACGACAGCGAGAGCAAUCCGUUUCGCCAUCUGCUGUCCUACGCCUUGGAUGAUUCAACUCUGCAGCAAUGCAUAGUCGCUCUCGCCGCACGACACUUUGCCAACUCUGGGCAGUCGUUUGACCAGACCAAUGCGAUUGUAGCGCCUCGGUAUAUACAUGCAAAUAUGGAUGCCCUCCACUUUAAACGCCAAACUAUAGGGGCGCUGUCAGGGCGAUUGACACAUCCGGAGCUGGGAAAGAAGGACGCUACGAUGGCAACUAUUUUGCUUCUUAUCUUCCUCGACCUUCUUGAGUCCGGAAUUGACGGCUGGGACUAUCAUCUUCAAGGCGCAAAGGGCCUGGUUAAUCUCUACCAGUCUCUGAAUACCGGUAGUCAAAGCGAAGAUUCUGGGGAGACGGCCCAGGAGGUGAGACGGUUUAUCGAUCGACAGUUUUCGUUGAUUGCAACAUUUGGAGCGACGCUCUCCGGCCCGAAAUCGAGAUCUGAAUUUUCUAUCAGUGGUGACGGAAAUUGGCAUCCAGAGUCCGUUGUUAGGAGCUUUCUCGGAUGUCCUGAGUUUAUCUUGAAGGCCAUCCACUUCUUUUCUAAUCAACGAGACUUGAUUGCAGAAUUAAGAAGACAUGGGGAGAUGGCUUCUGAUGCAGAUAUACGAGAUACCGUGGCCAUGCUGGAGCUUACUGAGAAUUUCGACUGUGCUGAAUGGGCAUCAGACUUCCAGAGAUCCAGCCAUUCUACGGUCGACGUUCAAAAGCUCUCUACUUUGUCACUGGCAUACAAAACAGCCGCUUUGUUGUAUGGAAGGCGGGCCCUCGGUGCCUUGAAAGAGACGCUUUCUGCCAAUGAGUGCUUAGUUGUCCAAUUGCUUGCUCUUAUUGACGACCUCCAAAGCGAUACGACGCUGUUUAAAUGUCUCUUGUGGCCAACCUUCAUUGCUGGUCUCGAAUGCCACACAGAGGCCCAGCAAAACGUCGUCCUUCAGUCCAUGAAACUGCUGUGGGAUUUGACAAGUUGUUUGAAUAUUAUCAAUGCUUCAAAAAUAUUACAAGACCGGUGGAGGGAGAAAGCAUCAUCUGGAAGUCUGAAGUAUGGUGGUCCCGAUUUAUACCGGAUAGACCGUGGCUGGCUUCUCAUUUAGUAUAUGGAUUCGCAGCCAUUAGCGUCUACUUAUUAUUGCAUCAUUGACAUAAUUUCCAACUAUUUAGCACAUAUCAGUGGGAACAGGCCGUUUUCCCGUCCCUUGAAAGACUCGAAUAAAAAUAAUAGUCACCCG